AUGAUACUUUUCACACUAAGAAAGAAAAAAGUGUUGCAAUCUUCAUUAAGAGAUGUUGCUCAUACUGAGGCUAGUGAAACUUCUCAGAGUCAAAGUGAAGCACAUUCAUAUUCUUCACUUGCAUUACACAUUGAAAGCAACAAUAUCAUAGAUAAUGAAGACAAUGAUGAAGACGAAGACGGCGAAGAGAGUGAGAAAGAGGAGGAGGAGGAGGAUCUUAUUGAAAUCAAUAUUUCAAGGAGUUUGGAUUUUAUUUUCAAGCAAGAGGAUCUCAUGGAUCUCUUAGAAGAAAUUAAUGAGGAUGAAAAUUUAAUUGAGAUUGAUAUUUUCAAGGGAUUUACAAAAUAUCAAGAUUUUAGGUUUAAGGAGUUGGCAUGUUUAGGAGAUUAA